UUUGCAAAGAGGCUAAACGGUACAUUCCUAUUUUUUCGCAGAGGCUCAGCGUACUGGGCCUAGCAUUUCGUAUGUUAUGUCAUUCUAAUUCGACUUGAUACGGCUCAGAUCCAUAGGAAAAUGCAAUUAAAACAUAUGAAGACUUUUCUUACUCCACAGGAUGGAGCUGCUAAAAUCACAGCAUUAGCUUGGUCACCCAACAACAAAAAAUUGGCUGUUUGUACUGUCGACCGUGUCAUUUUGCUGUAUGAUGAACAUGGCGAAAGAAGAGACAAAUUUUCAACGAAGCCAAUUGACGGAAAGUAUGGUAAGAAAAGUUACACAGUGAAAGGUAUUGCAUUUUCACCAGACUCAACCAAGAUUGCAGUUGGACAAACGGACAAUAUUGUCUAUGUUUACAAGAUUGGAGAUGAUUGGGAAUCAAAGAAGGUGAUCUGUAACAAGUUUGUCCAGCAGAGCGCUGUCACAUGUUUGAUCUGGCCGCCAGAUAAUCAGAUUGUCAUUGGUCUAGCUGACGGCAAAGUUCGAGUUGCAAAUACCAAGACCAACAAAUCCUCCACUGUCUAUGGCACCGAUUCCUAUGUCGUAUCUGUGGCUCACAAUGCCUCUGGGAAAGGAAUCUUAUCCGGGCAUGCUGAUGGCACAAUUGUCCGCUACUUUUUCGAAGAUGAGGGCACAGGAGAGUCGCAGGGAAAGAUCUGCACGCACCCGUGUCCCCCGUACAGCCUCUGCUGGGCUGUGAGCAGUGUUGUGGCUGCCGGAUGCGACAAGAAAAUAAUGGUAUAUGGACGAGAUGGUCAGUGCAUCCAGCAGUUUGACCACAGUCGUGAUCCGGACGAGCAUGAGUUCACCGUCGCUGCCAAUAGUCCAACCGGACAGUCUGUUGUCAUUGGUAGCUAUGACAGACUGCGAGUUUACAAUUGGUCACCUAGGAAGGGUACGUGGGAGGAGGCGAAGAGAAAAGACAUUAAAAAUCUGUACACAAUAACGGCACUGGCAUGGCGAAAGGAUGGAUCCAAACUAGUAGCUGGUACACUUUGUGGUGGAGUAGAGAUGUUUGAUUGUUCACUCCGUCGUACAAUUUACAAAAACAAGUUUGAGAUGUCCUACGUAGAACUGAGUCUUGUCCUGGUAAAGAACUUAUCAACAGGAACACGAGUUAAACUUAAAUCGCAUUAUGGAUACGAGAUUGAAGAAGUAAAAAUUCUUGGUAAUGAUCGCUAUCUAGUUGGCCACACCUCCAACACUUUGUUGCUAGGUGACUUAGCAACCAACAAACUUAGUGAAGUGCCUUGGCAAAGUAGUGGUGGUAAUGAAAAGUUCUUCUUUGAUAAUGAAAAUGUGUGUAUAAUCUUCAAUGCGGGUGAGCUCUCACUAGUGGAGUACGGCAACAACGAGGUGUUGGGAUGUGUCAGGACAGAGUUCAUGAACCCUCACCUCAUCAGCGUCCGUCUGAAUGAGCGUAAGCAACUUGGAGUUGACGACAACAAGAAGAUGGCUUAUUUGGUCGAUUUGAAGACGAUUGCGAUCGUUGAUCUUGUGACUGGUUUUGCAUUGGCGACAGUAGCACAUGACUCUAAGAUUGACUGGCUGGAGUUGAAUGAGACGGGACAUAAGCUACUCUUCAGAGACAAACGACUGCGUCUUCACCUUUUUGACAUCCUGACUGAGACGAAGACAACAAUACAGAAUUACAGUUCGUAUGUACAGUGGGUUCCUCAGAGUGAUGUCGUCGUAGCCCAAAAUCGUGACAGUCUCUGUGUUUGGUACAAUAUCGAUCAUCCAGAAAAAGUCACCAUGUUUCCUAUUAAGGGGGACAUCGUUGAUCUUGAGCGGGUAAAUGGUAAGACCGACGUGGUUGUUAAAGAGGGCGUAACAACUAUUUCAUACACGUUAGACGAGGGGCUUAUCGAGUUCAGGACGGCCAUUGAUGAUGGGGACUAUGCAAGAGCUGUUGCAUUCCUGGAAACUCUUGAGAUGUCAAAUGAGACUGAAGCCAUGUGGAAGACGCUCAGUAAAUUGACGCUUGAAUCCAGCCAUCUGCACAUCUCGGAACGUUGCUAUGCUGCCCUCGGUGAUGUGUCCAAAGCACGUUAUCUACACAACUUAAACCAACUUGCAACCCAACAUGCUGACGAAAUGGGUGGCGAAGGAAUAAACCAUUAUGAAGUGCGGGCAAAGCUGGCCAUCCUGAACAAAGACUUUAAAUUAGCUGAGAACAUUUACUUGGAACAGAACCUGAUUGAUGAGGCCAUGCAGAUGUACCAGGAGCUUCACAAGUGGGAUGAUGCCAUUGCUGUUGCAGAGGCAAAGGGUCAUCCAGAGCUUGACAAUCUACGACAUAGCUACUACCAAUGGCUGAUGGACACAGGUCAAGAAGAGAAAGCCGGUGAGAUGAAGGAGAAUGAGAACGACUACCAUGCCGCCAUCAAUUUGUACAUGAAAGCCGGCAUGCCAGCACGAGCUGCCCGUCUAGUGACCAGUCACGAUGAUCUGAUGGGUAACCGCGAUCUGGUCCAGCGAAUUGCUGCCUCGCUCAUCAAAGGAGACUUCUAUGAAAGGGCUGGUGACUUAUUUGAGAAGACAGGGGAUGAGCAGCGAGCAAUGGAAUGCUAUCGAAGGGGCAAGUCAUUCCGCCGAGCUGUUGAGCUUGCUCGAGCAUCUUUUCCGAAUGAUGUUGUCAAAUUAGAAGAAGAAUGGGGAAACUACCUAGUCUCCCAGAAACAGAUGGAUGCAGCUAUCAAUCACUUUAUAGAGGCUGGUUGUUCGCAGAAGGCCAUUGAAGCAGCCAUACACUCACAUCAAUGGACCAAAGCCGUUCAGAUAAUCGAAAUUCAGGAGCCAAGCAUGGCCGAGAAAUACUACGCUGAUAUCGCUCAACACUAUGCAUCCAUCAAAGACUAUGAGACUGCAGAGAAGUUCUACGUGCGCGCAGACAUGACAAAGGCGGCCAUUGAGAUGUACACAAAUGCAGGGAAAUGGGAAGCAGCACACAAGCUUGCCGUGACAUGUAUGAAGUCCGAGGAUGUCGCUGUUUUGUACAUAAGCCAGGCACAGCAGCUAGAGGGGCAGGGCAAGUUUAGGGAAGCUGAGAGGCUGUACAUCACAGUAGAUGAGCCCGAUAUGGCAAUCACUAUGUACAAGAAGCAGCGCCAGUAUGACCACAUGGUGCGGCUCGUGAAGCAAUACCACCCCGACCUUCUGCAGGACACUCAUCUUCAUCUCGCUAAGGAAAUGGAGAGUGAUGGUCAGUUGAGGCAGGCAGAGUACCACUUCAUUGAGGGUAAAGACUGGAAAGCUGCUGUUAAUAUGUACCGUGGAGCCGACCUUUGGGACGAGGCCUACAGGGUGGCUAAGAGUCACGGCGAAGCUAACUCUACUAAACAGGUGGCCUACUUGUGGGCUAAGAGUCUUGGUGGUGACUCAGCAGUUAAGCUUCUCACCAAAUUUGGCUUGCUAGACUCAGCUAUAGAAUAUGCAGCUGACAACUGUGCCUUUGACUUUGCAUUUGACCUUGCAAAGACAUCUGCAAAGAAUAAGAUUCCUGAGAUCCACUUAAAGCAUGCCAUGUACCUAGAGGAUGAGGGCCAGUUCCAGGAUGCUGAAGCUGCUUUCAUCAAGGCUGGAAAACCCAAGGAAGCUGUGCUAAUGUAUGUACACAGCCAAGAUUGGGACUCAGCGCAGCGGGUAGCUGAGAAGCAUGACCCAGACAGUGUUGCAGACGUUCUGGUUGGCCAGGCUAGAUUCGCAUUUGAGCAGAAGGAUUUCCAGAAGGCCGAGUCAUUCCUUUUAAGAGCACAUCGUCCGGAACUCGCCGUCAAGUACUACAAGAAUGCUGGUAUGUGGCAGGAUUGCCUGAGAGUCUGCAAGGAGUAUGUGCCACACAAGCUGCAGCAACUGCAAGAAGAGUAUGACAGAGAGAUGUUGAAUCCUGAAAUAGGAGGUGUUGAGGCAUUGAUUGGUCAAGCUCGUGAAUGGGAAGGGGCUGGUGAGCAUGCCCGAGCUGUUGACUGUUAUUCCAAGGUCACCACAAAACACACCAAGGAUAACAAACUACUGGAAAAUUGCUGGUCAAAGGCUGCUGGUAUAGCUAUGAAAUUCCUAGACCAUUCGCGAGCUCUAGCAGUUGUAGAGCAAAUCGGUCCACGAUUGGCAAGUAUUGACAAGCACAACACGGCUGCAGAGCUGUACUUGCAGCUGGACCUAAUCAAAGAGGCCAUCGACGUGUUGUUGGAGGGACAGGAGUGGGUGAAAGCUAAAAAAGUAGCCAAGGAAUUGGAGCCCAGAUACGAGAAGUAUGUUGACAGCCGGUACAAGGAAUUCCUGAAGGAGAAAAAUGAUCCGGAUUCGAUGAUGGAUCUAGAACCGACUGAAGCACUUAACAUGUACGUAGAACAAGGAAAAUGGGAGGAGUGUAUUGAGAAGGCACAGAAGCAAGAUUUCAAAGUACUGCAUAAAUAUGUCGCCCUCUAUGCUGCGCAUCUCAUCAAUCAACAUAAUAUCCAGAAGGCGCUGGAUCUCUACGUCCAACAUGGUGCGCCACCAAAUCCAGAGAAUUUUAAUAUUUACAAACGUAUUUUCAUGGAGAUGCUUUCUAUGCCAAAUCUGGACAAACCCGAGUCGUACCACGUAUGGGCAGAUCUGCGAGAUAUGUUAAUGAACUUGUGCGAGAAUAUAGCCAGGUCUGCCGCAGCAAAGAACCCAGCACGUGAAGAAUUUGAGAACAUGCUGUUGGUGGCGCACUACUAUGCCACAAGAAGUGCUUGCCUAGGUCAACCGAACUUGGAAACACUUGCUGCAAAAUUGUCUGUUGCUCUUUUGAGACACACUGAACAAGUACCGGCAGACAAGGCAUUUUACGAGGCCGGAAUCCAAUCCAGGAAGCAAGGAUGGGAUAACAUGGCAUUUGUGUUCCUCAAUAGAUUCUUAGAUCUCACUGAGGCCAUUGAAGAUGGCAGCUUGGACAUGCUGGAUCAUACGGAUUUCCAAGAUACGGAUAUUCCAUUUGAAAUUCCACUUCCAGAAAAGCAGCACGUACCAGAGGAAAAGAAAGAAGAAGUGAAGGAAUGGGUGUUGGCAGUAUCCAUGGAUCAGAAGGUAGAGCAGCAGCUAGAUCUGGAUGAGAGGGGUGCAUAUGUUGGCUCUCUUAUUGCCACAAGUACUGGAAUGAGAUCCCCACCCUGUGUCAUUUCAGGCUACCCAGUACUCCGAAAUAAGUUAGACUUGAAGAAGAGUGGACAUGCAGCCAACAAGGAUGACUGGAAUAAGUUCCUGAUGAGUACCAAGAUGUCUCACAGUACAGAAUGCCAGGAUGUGAUGCGGUUCAUAGGUCAGUGGACCGGUGGCACUCCCAACCCAAGUUAUACAUUCCAGUAAAGUUGAUACCUGUAAUAUAUUAUUGAUGAAACAAGCUAACUGUUGUUGUUUGUGCAAUAAGGAUAACAGCACAAAUGAAGAUGAAUUAUCCAGAUGUUAAAUGUUUAAAAUUUAAAUAUCCUGUACCUUGAAAAACCUAGAGAAGCACCUUGAUACCAUUAAUUAAUUCUUAUGUGGGGAAAUUUAAGUACCAUGUAUGUAAAAUGCAAAAAAGUGACCCUGUUUUGGGUCCUGAACCUCCUGGAAAUCAGGACACAUUUCCUGCAAAUUCAUAAUACUUGAAUUUUGUAACUGCUUUAUUAUCAAUUGUCUCGCAGAGGUCAGUGCCGAUGGAUUUUCAACAUGCGCAGUAAAAUAAAAUUAAAUAUGUUUUGAAAGCUCAUUUAACCAGAUCUCCAGGAAGGGAUUUCUUCCAACUUGGGACCCCUGGCAUAAUUUAAUAUUGGAAUGAAGUUACUGAGCCAUCUAAAUUUAAGUAAUGCUGGCUGGCUUGAAUAAGUUCUAGUUAAACUCUGGUAAAAUUGCAUUGGUAACAAAAUAGCCAAUGUACUACAGUGUACAUUUGGUUAUUUGAAGUAGCCAACCAUUGUUGGUCAAUAUUGUAUGAUGUAUGUUUGUAGAAUCAUAAUAAAUGAAUAUUCAAA